GAGUUUCCCUGGUCACAAAUUUACAUCAGAAAGCGGAAGUCAGACGCAGAAAGUGUCACGAACAACUUUGUAGAGCGGAACAAAGGUAUAAAAGAGCAACGAUAUCAGUUGUUUGUUCAAUGACAAGAUAGGAGAAUAGAAUAGACUUUUCACUGUCAAGACACACAUACGAGAGGUCUUUCAAAGAUGGCUUGUGUUAGAAAGAAACAAAUGAUAAUCGAGACCAAAGAACAAGAGAAUAAACCAAGUGGAGCUGAAGUUAUAGCAACGCUUGCGGACGCACAACUUAACAAUCCAGGUGAAGGCAAAGUUCUUUAUAUCCAAGGAGUUAAAAACAAUUGGAAUUGGAGAUCGAUGUGUUAUGCCAGCCAGAACUUUCGAGCUUACUACACUAUGCAACUUUUUGACGCUCGAGUUAACCUUACCAAAAGAGCUUUCGCAAAAGUAAUGGAAGAAGGUUUUGUUCCAAGAAACUACUUUAAGAGUAUCAAGACGGUGGCGAGCUUCGGAUGUGGCCCAGGUUGUGAUCUUUACGGCUUCAAAGCAUUUCUGGCGGAAGCUUUUCCGUUUAGCUCGCGUGGGAAGCUAUCGCCUCGAAUGACCGGAUAUGAUGUUGAGCUGGGAUGGAUGAAUUAUUUACUCAGUUUAGGCUUCGAUUUUGAACACCUUGAGGUAAACGAAGCUUUUCUGAACGAAUUUAGUGAAGCGGAUGUUAUCCUGAUGUCGUUCUGCACAAAGGAAAUUCUACGCGAAUUCAAUUCACGCGGAAGUUCAAAGUUUUGGAAACUGCUGACAGAGAAAGCGAAACUUCUUUUGAUAAUCGAUAACGCGAAAAGCUCGACUGAUGAUUUCCCUUCUGAAAAAGAGGAAUUUGAGCGUUUCUAUUUAAAUGACAUUCUGGGAAACAAAGCUGUUGUUUACUCUAAAUUCACAGCUGCUGAGUAGACGUACGUUAGAUGGGAAACUACAGUUGUGUAAAUAGUUUAUUUUCAUGAUGAUGCUCUAUAUUAUUAUAGGCUGCGAGCAGUCUCUUAUUUUCUUUUGAGACGCGAUAGAAUGCGAGCACGAAAAACGAGGGCACGCGCGAGGGGCGAGCGGCGAAGCCCCGAGAAACAAGGGCGGAGCCGGAGCAAAGCCCCAAUCUCUCCUCCAUUUUUGCUAUUAAUUUGCAUAAUUUUACUUUUUUGCCCGCCGUGUGUGGCUCUGAGCAAAGAAGGACGACCGCUCGCGGUCUAGUAUUAUUAUUUUCAUUGGAUAUCAUGAAAACAUUCUCAAGGGAUUUCAGUGUCACGGGAGUGCAGUCACAAGACCCGAAAGCCUAUGAAAACCGAAAGUUUUAAGUGGGAAACCCAAUACACAGAACAGACAAGAUGUAAACGUAGAACAAAUAAAUGAACAAACAAAUGGAUAAAUAUAUAAAACAAUACACGUAGAAAGGACAAGAAAAUAUUGUGCCAGCGCUUUCUCAAGGAACCUUUUCUAAAAACAUUACAAAUGCAUUUCCGCUUCAAAUGUGUCAUUCCCAUCUACUCUACAAAGGGUUUUAGGGAUGACAGAUUUUGCAGAGUGGCUUUUUACGUUAUUAAGAUAAGGGAAAUUCAAUGCGUGUCCAUCCUCACCCCAUCCCUCCUGGCAUGUGCUAAGUCGUGCGUUCUUCGCCACCAAUAUCCUGCUCGGGAGUGGGGAAUUUGUCAUUUUUUCCACCGCUUCAAGCAAGAAAUCUGAGAGUUACUCCUGAAAUUUUUUGCUUUUCAAAACGGCCUCCAUGUUUUUUUUUCUCCGCAAGGGGUGGCCCAAUUGUGAGUUUUAUGCCUUAUU